UCGUCUCACAGCUUCGUCUCAGCUCCAGAGCCUACUUUAUUUCCAACUUUGUUUUCAAUACUAAGCGGUUACUGAUGGAUAUGGAUGGGAGCGCGCUACUCAAGACAAAUGUCACUGUAAAAUAUAUAUGGAGCGCCAUCAUGCAUAGCGCAUCAGGUAUCAACGUGCACGUGAUUUGAUUUGUGUAGCAUGUUUAGUGCGUAGUGGUUGAACUGUGUACAUGUCUGGACAAAUAUUAGUUAUUUUGGAAGUUUAUUCAACUAGAGUUUGAACACAAAGUAGCGUUUAAAGAAAAUCAAGAAAACCAAAAGUUAUAGUGAAUGUAAAAACAUUGUUUCAUGUGAUAGUUUUUCUGGUUAUAAAUCUGUGGACUGUAACCAAGUCAAGCGGACAAACAAAGUCAAAGCCAAGGACAAGAUGACAUCUGUGAGUUUCAAAAUCCUCGGUGAUUUUGAGAAAAGGGGGCAGUCAUGGUGUGCAGAUGUUGUUGUUAAAGACACAGACAGCAUUCGUGCACUGUACACCAGUAUAGCAGCUCAUUUGGACUUGAUGCACAAUGGGCAAUUUAUCAAGGCUACAAAAGCGAACAUGAUGACGUUGGAAACCGGUCAAGAUAUUGUGCGUUUGACAGGAAGUUCCAAGAUUUACCGAUCAGGAGCCUUCGACAUAGAUGAUGCUGUGCUUGGAGCAUAUUUCAAUGCACCAGUUGUUGGUGUUGCAGAAGUGUGUAACAAACCGGAGUUUGAAAGGUGCUCGGUGAAAGGCACGAUUGUUGAUGUUUCACCUAUUAAGACUACAGCAGCAUCCAAGCGAAAGGAGAUCCAGCUGCAAGAUCUGGACAACAAGGCAAAAAAGAUCUGCAUUAAAUUGUGGAGCGAGAGUGCUGAUCAGUGUAUUCCUGUAGAGCAGUCGGCCGUGAUUGUGAAAAAUGUGUGCAAGAGAACAUACAACAAUGCGGACUAUUUGAACAGCACGCAACAAACUACAGUUGAGCCUCUUGUUCCAUCCAGUAACACUGUGUCUAUUACACUGGAAGGAUUUGCCGAAGAUUCUGAUGACAUGUUGAACCUGGUGACGGAUCACGAUGCCGAGUACUCAGUGGCGAAACAUGUGUUGCUCACUGGCCUUGGAUAUGCAUCACUUGAUGAACUUCAGAAUUACUUGCCGAUGGUGAUGAACAUCAACUAUUGCGAGCUGUCAAAGAAGGUCAAGGAGGUUGGGAGUAUUGUCCUUGAUGGUGAUGACUAGUGUGACUGAGAACGGGAUCUCCAAGGAGGAACAAACUGCAACAGCAAGAGAAUAGCAAGAAAUAGUUCCCUAUUUUCAUCUCUUAUUUAUAUUACUCAUUUCAUCGCAAUUUUGAUCAAAAGAUUUUUUUUUAAUCAGUGAUUUCAAUAACUUUUUACUUAAAAUAGUACUUUUUAAUAGUAAGUAAUUUACCACGAAAUUUUGUUUGCAAACCCUGCUUUUGUAUACCCCAUAUUUAUACCAUGUUACAUGUUCAGUUUUCCUUCACAUACUCCGUUGCAUUAUUUACUCUCUAUUAAAAGCCACAUAUAUACUGUGAUUAUUUACCAAUGCUGCUUUUGUAUAAUUUAUAUUUUCAACCAUUUUACAUGUUGCCUUUUGUUCACAUAGUUACUGCUUUCCAUUAUGUUCUCUUCAUUAAACCCAAAUAUAUACUGUGAUUACACCUACUUAAUUUUACAACAAGAUGAAACGGUUUA